AUUUUGUCUAAAUUAUUUCGGAACAUUUUUGGAUACUCAUUUUCCGUUAUUUUAAUAGUAUAUUCGUUCCCUAUUACUUCGUUAUCCCUUUCACUUCUGUAAAGAAAUCUUACUCAAAGGAUCACUUCCAAUUUGGUUUUGUUUUUUCAAUUCUCUUUUCUGUUAAAAGAACACUGGAGCUGGCUACUUCAACCGUACUAUUUGGUCACCAAACAAAUCACGACCCUUGGAUCCGUGCGCCUCGGCGCGGUACGACCUUUUCGGCCCCCGCGGGCUACCGUAGCCGAAGAAGCACUGAUUGGCUGAGACAGAAAGGAGCCGCUGCUCGGGCGGUUUCGGUUUUCGCUGCGACCGUCAGCGGAGGCCGGUUUCGAGGGGCGCCUGGAGGAGGGUUCUGGGUCCCGGCCGCGAGAUGAGGAGCCUGGGGCCAUGAGAGGUGAAGUGAUGAGUUACUCAAGUCACACAGCUAAUUAAGUAGCAGAGCUGCAAUUAGAACUCAGGUUUCCUGCCUCUCAAGAUUUGUUGCAAUGAGUCUGCGGAAGCAAACCCCUAGUGACUUCUUAAAGCAAAUCAUUGGAAGGCCAGUUGUGGUCAAAUUAAAUUCGGGAGUGGAUUACCGAGGGGUCCUGGCUUGCCUGGAUGGCUAUAUGAAUAUAGCCCUGGAUCAGACGGAGGAGUAUGUUAAUGGACAGCUGAAGAAUAAGUAUGGGGAUGCAUUUAUCCGAGGAAACAAUGUAUUGUACAUAAGUACACAGAAGAGAAGGAUGUGAAGACACCGAGGAAGCAAUUCUUUUCAUAGUUGGAAUAUAUUUUUUAUGAAAUGUUUUCUAUUUUUUGGUUCUUUUGUGAUGUAAGUUGUCCUACCUUCAUAAUAGUUGGUGGUUUGGUUUUUUUUACUGACUUUUGAGUGAGG